AUGGAUUCUUUAACAAGACUGAAGCAGGAGGAUACCUUGGUGAUCCUUUUCCUGAGGAGAUUUGGAUGCUAAGUGCAUCGCUGGACUACAAUGGAGAACAAACUGCAGGAGGCAAAUAAAGGUGUGAUCUCAGGAAAUUUCCCCGGCGAUGUGAUGCGGAGUGGAGGCAUGCUUAUUGUCAGCAAAGGUGGGGAGAAGGUCCUGCUUCAUUUUCUCCAGGUUUCUCUGGGUGACUGUAUUCCAUUAAAUACCAUAGUCCUGAUUUUGGACAUUUCAAUCAAGGUUGAGGUUGAAGAGGUGAAAGUUCUACAGCGUGCUGAUGCUUGCACCAGUUAA